AGUCGUCGGGUAUCUUACAAAUCGUAUACACAACACAUUUGAAUGUGGAAACGAAAAGUGCAUUUCGGUGAAUCGGUUAUAUGUCUGUAGGAGAGUACACGACCACGGCCACGACGACGACGACGACAAUAAGCGACGAACAACGCUUUAGUUAUGAAUUUGCUGUGAUGUGAAGUGUGCGUAUUUGCCAUCGAACGAUCGCGCCAUGAAACUGAAACAUAAAACAACAGAAUGUUGUGUGUGAGACAAAAGCAACGGAGUGAAGAAAAAAUAAAGCAGCAACAACACAACGAGAGAGAAGCAUAACAAAAGACUACAAAAUAGUUUUAUUAUUUUUUGUGAAUUGUGCUGACUGACGGCAAGAAUUCCAAUUGAUGAAAAUAGAGUGAGAAUAUUUGAUGGGGAAAUAAAAAAGAAGAAGAAGAAAAUUAUUUAAUUUGAAUGCGAAAAGAAAUUGAAUUUUUUGCUCUGUGUGUGCGUUUUUUCUUCUCUUUUGGGAAUUUAUUUGUGCAAAAAGUGAGAAGAAAACGCACUGAGUGAGGUGAAUAGUUCGUAAUAAUAAAAAAAGAGUAAGAAUAGAAAUUUAAUUUGGAAUAAAAGUAGUGAUAGUGCGUCGCGGUGAUGGUGCACUCGAGCAAGCGAAGCGCACAGACUCUCGAUACACAAACAAUCAUCUGUGUUGCGCUUCGCCAUUAAUGGAUUAGCAGCAGCACCACCGACAGCAAUCGCAACAACAGUGAAAUAGAAACAUUUACGGAUUUUUGUCCUACGACAACUACACCAUCGCAAAUCCAAGAGUUCACCUGACGCAGCCGAGAGGAAUCGACAAAUUGCGAAUCGGUAUUGUCAAAUCCGUUCCGAACCAGACGAAGACAUCGCCCGUUGAAUUAGGAGAAGGACGAACACUUGAUCCAUACAAAAUGGUGUAUUGAACAACCGAUUGCAAUUUAUUUGCAAACAAACAUCAACAAACACCAAUAACAUCCAAGAACAGUUGAUUUCUUCAAUAAAAAAGAGCACAGACAGCACCCAACUUGCUAUAUUCAUUUGCACUUCACCUUUUGAACAGAGGUGUACGUAAAUCGAACUUUAGAAAAGUGAUCCCAACGAGUGGACGAUCUCUCGUAGCGAAAUUGAAACCAAUUUCCAAACCGACGAGACACACUCUAAACACACAUAUUGUUCAACUCGAGCAGUUUGAACUGAAAUUGAAUCUGGUCUUUUUUUAAGAGAAGAAUUUUCUUAACGACGUUGCCAAUAUAAAAAAGGAGAAACACACUGAAUUAACACAAAAAUGGAAACUUCAAUGACUGAUAAGCAAACCCUUUCAACUAGUCCAAUGAAACAGUCAGUAUCAAUGAUAUCGCUUCCGCCACCAACAUCAGGUGGACGCGAUCAUGAUGUCAGUGAUUCAUCAAUCGCUGCUAAAGUCCUCAUCGAACGGCCAUACAACAGUCUCAAGAAAGAGCGAAAUCCGGAGAAAGAUCGAUCAGAUUGGCGCAGUUCUUGGGGCAGCAACCAGAGUUUCGUUGGAAAGGAUGACUUCUGGUUGGCAUUGCAAUCAAAUUACAACUUCAUCAUGGACACAAAUCUGAUCGAUAGCUGCCGUGAAGCGCGUGGAGAACUGGAACGCAACUAUUCAACCGAAACCAGUCAUACAGACCAAAAGAAGAUAAACGGGGGAAAGCAGUCCGAUGAUUACAUUGUUGAUUUGAAGCGUUUGAGACUUUGGUUGCGUGAAAUGGAAAAGCAACUGGCUCAAUUUCCUACAAUUUCUGAUGCCAUAAAAAUGAAAGACUUUGAACUAGAAAGAUUACAGAAAAAGAACGAGGAAUUAUAUCGUAUAAUUGCGAAGCAUGCAAAAUUAAUUGGCGCAUGUACACGAUCAUUGUCGCGACAACGGGACUCAAGUGAAACGCCGACAUCGUUGAUUACACAGAACAAUACAGACGAUUUAAAAUCCGAACUUGAAAAUAAGCAGCAACAGCAACUGCCACACGACGACGAUAAUUGCUUUUCAUCAUUGGAAACGCACACUACGCGACGCAGCCACAGCAGCAGCAAUUCCAAUAGUGAAUGCAAUCUUCGAGCGCUUGAACGACGCUAUCAUUCAUUGUAUUUGAAAUCAUUUGAAAUUUCUGUGCUGUUCGAAAAUUUGCUGAAAAACGACGAUUUACAGAAUUCAGCGUCUCAUUCUUCAUCGUCCGAGGUCGAUGAGGGUCCGGCAGCCAAAUUAGCACGAUUCACUAAUGAUUUGAUUGCCGAGAAUCAUCAACGGAGAUCGAUCAACCCGAACCAAUCGAAACGAAAAUUAUACGAAUCAACUGACGGAAACGCAUCUGAUGAUGAUGAUGAUUGCCGAUUUCCGAGCUACUUCGAUAAAACAGUAAUCAAUGUGCAAACGAAUGGUUUUGAUGCUGAUUCAGAAGGAAGCGACAGUGAAUUAAUACCCAAGAUGAACAACAUGGUUGAAGAACUAUCAGCAAACACAUCAACAGACAAUAACGACAACCCCUUGAAUGCAUCGAACAAAUCAGAAGGAAUGAUGCAAAAUAAAACCAACGAUUUGUAUGGAACGAAAUCGGCUUCGUUGCCACCGACACCAAGCAAACAAAUGGCAGGCGUCAAACGUCAGCGAAAAGUCGAUGCAACGAAAUUCAAUCGAUCGAAUCGUGAAUCGAAAAAUUGCGGAACAUUUUAUUUCAAACAUUCAGACACCGAACCAGAAACUGGCAGCAUCAAGCACAACGAUUGGUCGUCACAAGAUGCAACCAGCGAAGUUUGUUCGGAAGAAGAAUGGGAAUAUUCGAAGGGCAGCGAUGUCAAUGGUAACACAUCAAACGGCCAUGAAGAUUCCGUGGAUAAUGAACAUUUGGCCGAUUUAUCGAUUCAAGUGAAUGUCAAUGACACCGCUUUGUUCGAUACCGUUGAUAGUCCAUUCGCCGAUAAACAGGUAUGUGAAAAUGAGAAAUUGGAGCAACAAAUACAGUCAACUCCUGUGUCAGUUGCCAGCAAAUCAUCUGUCGAAAGGAAAAUUUAUAAGGAAAUCGCAAAGGCUUAUUCAAAAGAAAGCAUUCAACAAUUGGUGAUGGGUGCUGAAAAUUUGGUGCGUGAUGAACUCUCGAAAACGCCCGUUCGCAGCCGUCGUCAAUCGGCCGAUGCACAAAUUUCCGCGCGAAAAACCGUUCACUCGUUGAACAGCUCAAAAUUCAAGCGUGUUGAGCAUUGGCUCCAGAAUCAAAGCCAGUCGAAACCAACAUUAAUGGUGCCAACGUCCAACACUGAUGGCGAAGCUUCAUGCGAAUACACCACCGAAUCUGAUGCUCGAGACUCGGAUGGUUCUGAAGGUUUGGCUGAUUCCGUGGCAACGACAUGUUUGCAAGCAAACGGAAACAAAUCGCAGUGUACAUCAACCGAGGUGAUCGCAAGUUCGAUCGAUUUGGUGAAAGAAUCACCAGAAAGUUGUCCAUCGAGCAAAGUUGUACCACGUGCCAAUCGCCGUAAUUCAGAGCGUCCAGUAUCAGUCUCUUGCAUAUCUCAGCUCACGAAGCAAAUUCCGACAAACUGUUCAUCCGAUGAUGCCAAUAAUCAAGGCCUAGCCAAUCACUCGAUCAGCGAAUCAGCAUUGCACACGCUAAACAUUGGUUCGCAAUCGAGUUUGCGCAUGAAGAGCUCCGACAGUAAGAAUUCGUUGAAGAAACGUCGCAUGCGCUUGAAGAAGAAACAACGCAGCGAAUCCGGUUCAAAUGCUUCAGAAGCAAGUGCCGACAAUCGCCGUGGUAGCUACAAUUGUCUGAUGAAAUCAGAAUCAUUCUCAAGCAAUGUGGUGAUCAAAGAAACACAAACGAUUACCGUUGAGAGUGUCGCCGUUGAAGCGGACAAUGAAGAAGAAAUCACAUUGCCGAAACCGAAUUUCCAACUUGGCGCAUGCACAACAAACAUGUUCAAUUCGACGCAUUUGGGCAAUUUGGCACCACUUGCCUUCUACAAUUUGGAUGGAAAUGCCAACAAUCGCGAAUUGAGCUUCACUGGCACCGAAGACAACAGCAACGUAUCCGAACAGAUCGAUCAAGUUUGGGAUGAUUACCAGGAGAAAUACUUGUCUGAGGCGUACUCAGAAGGGCGCGAUUCGGAUGCAGCACGAAAAUUGCUUGAAUUCGGCGAUGAUUAUCGAAAUUUUAUUGAUUCACAAUCGGAUUGUUGCUCAUCGUUGUCUGCUGCCAACAAUUUGGAUUCUAUGUCGCCUCCAAGAGGUCGGAAACCAAUUGGCAACGUGCAAGUGAUCAACAAAUCGGCCAGCAAAUCACCGUCCGACGAAGAUAAUGCCAUGCGAAAACGACGAGCCUUCGAAAUUGAAUGGCGUCGCCGAACACAUGCUGAAAGUCAUCGCAAACCGUUUACUGAAGAUCGACGCAAGUUAUCCAACGACACCGUACUAUCGCGCACAUCUCAUAAAUCACAAAAGACUCCGAAGACCAACAUCAGCCGCAAACUGGAAAUGGAAUUCAGCAAAGCAUUUUUCGGCACCGAGCGUCGGCGCAUCAAAUCCAAUGAUAAAGAGAUAUCAUCGUCAUCGUCGGCAGCCAGCAGUGAUGCCGAAGAUGAUUCGCACAUUGAUAUCGUGCUCAAUCAAAGCCGACGCGAUCUUGAAAACACUCAAGCACUCAAAAUUCGCCGACAUCUCUUGCAUUCGGAAGACUAUACCGAAAUAAUUGCCACGUGCAGCGAGAAUAUGCGGUGCUUGAAAGCGGUCUUGCACAGUCCCGGCGGCUCGAUGCUUUCCACGCGCCGACACGAAUUGAUCCGAGAGUUGCUUUCGUCUUGGGAAAGUUUGUUGCAUUGGAGCGAAAACGAAUCAUUUGUGAAACAAUCGCAAGAGGAGAUGGCCGCACUUGUCGACAAAUUAAAUAAAAUCGGAACAUCGGAAGCGAACCUUGAUACGGAUUCAGCCAUUCAGUUUGCCAUCCAGGAAACAAAGGACGAAAAGGCCCAAUUGCAGACAUAUCGUUCGUCGAUGUUGCGUCUCAAUGCAUCCGUUCACAGUUGGUUGACGCGUCACGAAAAACGUAAACAAAUCGAAACAACAUUGAAUAAAACCACCAUCGAAACGGUCAGCUCAAGUGGAAAUCAAGAUGAAAACGGUAAUUCGGCCGAGGAUUCAACACUUGAAUCGUCUACGAUUACAAUCAAAGAAGUAUCAACGUCAAAUGGUGUUGGCACUUCAAUCGAUGCUGACGAUUGUGCGCUUAAUGAAGAACUUCACAAACAACUGAAAAACGAAGUUGGAAACAUGUACAAGGUUUGGGACGAAGCCGACGAGAGAGUAAAAAAUCGCUUGGAAUCGCUAACCACAUCGUUGAUUGCAUGGAAACAGUUCGAGAACGGAAUCAACGAAUUUAAAGAGGUGCUGGGCAAAGACACAGGUGCAUUGAAACGUUUGACCGGCGCAUUGGAAAUGGGCACUGAUGUGAUUAGCAAUAAUUUGGCGUACGAUGUGAAGGAAGUGGCAAAGCGUCUGUCGGAGAAAAUGGACAAUCAAAAUUCUAUGGCUACAACAACCGCACAACAGACUUUAACAUCACAGAAAUUGAGCCACAUUGGAUCCAUACCGUUCAAUUUACCAUCGAAUGGUUCGUUGUCAGGUUCACUGUCAGACAGUGGCAUUUCGGAUGGUGGUUGCAGUUCAGACUAUGGUCUGUCUGAGCGUGAGCGUCGUCUUGGUGCUCUUCGCCGAUUGGCUAAACAAUUGGAACAAGCCUUGGUUCCGGGAAGUGAAGCGCUCAAUUCGAUCAACCAACGCAUGGAAAUGGCCGAAGCUGAAUUGCGUUCACUUCAAAAAACCUGUCGUGAAUUGAUUAUCCGAACCGCUGCCUCAGCCCAACCGAAUCAAUUGGCAACAGCCAGUCAAAUGAACGCAUCCGCCAUGUCGAAUACAGUUGCUUCGCAUUCGGCAGCAACCAACAUCAUUAAUCAACAGCCAAUCAAUUUCCAAAUUCCAAUCAUUAAUGUGAAAGCGAAAACGGCAAAACGAACAACACCCAACAAACGAAAACAACGAAGACGUACGAAUUCAAGCGGUGCCAAUGGAAUUUUGUUGGUUGCAGCACCACCACAAAAAUUGGAUUUGGCUGCAACGGCUUUUGAUACGAAGACAACUGCUUCCGAACCAGAUCCAGACGAUCCAAAAGACCAAACAAUCGUUGAAGAUGCUGACGAGGAACGAACAUGGAGUUGGCGCUUCGCAAAAUAUGCGGUGCCCGUUCAAUUAGCGUUGAUCGCUCUGUUCUGUGCUGCAUGCUUCAUUGAGCCACACUGUUGUGAUGGCGCCAACAGUUUCGCAUGGAGUCUCUCACCUCAUUUACGUUACAUUCGUGGACCACCACCGGUCUGAAUGAACUAACUCAUCCGUAUCGAUUUUUCAUGAAACAAAACAAACCACUGUCCACUGUGACAAAGGUUUGAACAAUUGUUAACAAAUGAUGAAUAAUCGAUAAAGCAAACUACCGCAAUUCCUUUGAAAGGAGAUUUAUCCAUCAUCCCGGGCCAGCCGAAUGCUACGGCCCAAUAUAUUGCAUAUGUAUGAAUUUGCAUCUGAGUAGUUAAACUGCUUUAUUGAAUGAGUGAAAUUGAAAUAGGUAUCAUUUAGAAGCCAUCGGGCACGCUGUUGUUCACACACACACACACACAGCACCUGAACUAUCGAUGGAGUACACAUACAACAACAAAUUGUUUCUUUUUUCUGCGAAAAAAAAAAACAGAAUGAAACAUCGGUUGGAGAGCCGUUCGUUGAAUCGACCUCUCUCAACCUUAAACACUUAUUGAACUAAUUGCAUUAUGUGAAAUUAUUAAAGCUAGAUUUAUGUAUUCAUUUAUUCUUACAAUUAUUAUCUUUUGUAAUAGUUAAGACUGCUUUUGUUAGCUUAUGAUUUAUUUUUCUUAUGAUUUUUUUUUUCGCUUUCUAAAUGAAUUUCGAAUGAAUACUACUUUUUAUUUUCUUAUUAUUUAUGGAUGAAAAACAAACAAAAAAUUUCGAAGAACACGAUCAAAUUGAAUUUAUAUGUAAAAUAAUGUUUCCUAGAUUUAAGUUUGACAAGAAAAAAGGAUAUCAAAUUGUGGAUCGCGUAAAUUUUGAACGAAAUAAGAUUUUUUUUAAGCGAAAAUAAGUGAAUGUGGUGUUUGGAAAUGCUGAGAGCUUAGUAAAUGUCAUCUAAUAUAGGAAAUAUUAUGUUAAACUAAAUUAGUUUCAGGAUAUUAGAUGGUGGUGGUGAAUUAGUCGUACAAUUUCUUGGUCACUUCGUAUCAUCAAUGCCCAGAAAUAAUAAAUGCUACGCCACUUAUCUGAAGGACGGUACAUACACACACACACACACAUAACAUCAGUUUAUUUUCUAAGCAAAAGAGAAAAAACGAGUGUGAUUCAGCAUGCGUUUAAAAUGAUAAGUUUUGAAAGGUAGUCGGUGUUUGCCUUGAAAGCUAAGUGCCUAACAAUAACUGAUAAUGACAAUGUUAGUCGAUAGCAUACAUUUAAGAGGGAUUUUAUUCGAUAUACACAUGUCUUUAGUUCAUUUCGUUCGCUCGCUAACAGUUCAAUCGGUGAAGGUGCUUCAUAAUGCUUUGCUUCAAAGGAUGCCAAUUGCUUGUUUUACUGCUCUUCGCUACCCUGAAUUUCAAAAAGAAGAAUCAUUUUAAUGCUUGCCCUUCAGUUUUGCAUCAGCAUAAUAGUUUUUAUUGUGGAACAUUUACCGAUAACACUUUUGCUGCUGAAUAUCUUAUGCAUUGGAAUCAAACAUUUUUUUUUUUUUUUGUCGAACAUUUUGAGGAACAUUGAGAAAUAAAUAAAAAUUCUAUUACAUUAAUAGAGGUCUAUUGAAACUUUAUUCAAGUUAAUGCAAUUAUUUUUUUAUAAUAAACUAAAAGUACAAUGGAUGAAUGGAUUUAUUCUCUAAAUGAUUCGAAUUUUCCUACGAAAUUUAAUUUAAAUAGGAUUUUAUUCGAUUAAAUUUAUUCUCUUUCUUGCAAAUCGCAAUUGCAGUGGGAUUCAUUUGAGUUGGAAUAAUUCUAUUUUACUAAUUAUUUUUACAUUUAAUUCGAAACCAGUGGAAAAAAAAUCAAAAAGAACGAAGAAAAACCAAUAAAAAACGGCUAACAGAAAAGAACAACAACAAAAA